AUGAUACCAAAAUCCCCUGUUUUCGACGCAAAAAGUUCUCGAUUUUUUGAGAGAUUCGCUAGGCUUCCUUCGCCAGAUGAAGUUCGCAAGCAGGCAGAAACUCAGCAUCUCGAGGGUCUCUGCUUAGACGAGAGAAAAUCUUUCUCGAUCGCCGGGCCUCAUGUGCGACCUCCACCUGUGGUGUUCAAGGACCUAGGAUUGUUCGUCAAAUGGGGAACUGCAAUGAGUAUUUCAGAAGGCCAGUGCCUCUGGGCUAUCGGCCAACGUCUCAAAGACCAUGUCCCGGUCCCGGAGAUAUACGGAUGGCGAGAGGACGGUAACGAGGUGUUUAUCUAUAUGGAAUAUUUGCAUGCACAGACUCUAGAGCAGGCGUGGGAUGUGAUGGAACCCGCUGAAAGGGUUUCUGUCUGCUCUGAGCUUCGGACAAUCUUUGAUAAUCUUCGCCAACUGGAGCAAGGGCCAGAGGACCGAUUUAUAGGUAAUAUUGUACGAUCUUCUUUAUACGAUAGAGCAAUUCACGUCGAAUCCAUGUCUGAAGCUGGGCCGUUCAAUAGCGUCCAGGAGUUUCAUGACUGGUUCACUUUCCUCCACCGAAGACCCAUGCCUAACCCAUAUUCUGUACCAAUCGAACCGUUUCGUCACGAUUUACCGGACGAUUGCCCCAUUAAAUUUACGCAUGGGGAUCUCCACCGCAGCAACAUCUUGAUUACACAAUCCCGACCCUACCAUAUUGUUGCCAUCAUCGAUUGGGAACAGUCAGGCUGGCUUCCUGCAUAUUGGGAGGCCAGGAAAGCGCAGUUUACUGCCGACAGGAAUGAAGAUUGGUCUAAAGUAUAUUUGCCGAUGAUUUUGUGCCAAUUCAUGAGUACCUGGGACCCUUGGGACUACUACACAACGGCUAUGGGAUGUUAA